AUGUGCCCGAUCUCAUGUGUCCUGUUCCCCAGCCACUUGCCAGGGUUGGCCCCGUCCUUUCCCGACAGAGGCGCCGCCGCCGCCACGAGCUUCUUCUCGGCCCAAGCGGAGCGGCAGGUGGAACGGAGCGAGGGAGAGGUCCGAGCGGGCUCGCCGCCCCCGCGGUCACGCCAGGACGGAGUGCGUACGCGGCUCGGGUCGUGUGUACGGGGGUUGCCUCCUUCCCCACAAUACCUUCUUCACACCGCCGCCUUCCCGGUGCGCCCCUCCGAAGAGGCCCACCCGGCUCCGAGGCUCGCCCGCCCCGGAGGCCGGGCGGGGAGCGGCAAGGGCGGCCGCGCAGGGAGCCACCGCAUCUUCACCAACCACCACCGGCUGCCCCUCAAGGGAGGGCCCGGGGGCUCUUCCCCCGCCGCCGGAUCCGAGCCUGACAAGGGCCCGGCGGCCCAGUUCCCGGUGCACGAGUGUGUCUUCAAGGGAGACGUCCGGCGGCUGUCGGCUCUGAUCCGCACACAGGGCAUCGGCCAGAAGGACAGUCACGGAAACACUCCUUUACAUCUUGCUGUGAUGCUGGGGAAUAAAGAAUGUGCCCACCUGCUUUUGGCCCACAAUGCUCCUGUGAAAGUGAAAAAUGCUCAGGGAUGGAGUCCUCUUGCAGAAGCCAUCAGCUAUGGAGAUAGACAAAUGAUUACAGCGCUGCUAAGGAAACUGAAACAACAGUCCAGGGAAAGUGUUGAAGAGAAGCGACCUCGGUUGUUAAAAGCCCUGAAAGAGCUAGGUGACUUCUAUCUUGAACUUCACUGGGAUUUUCAAAGUUGGGUGCCUUUACUUUCCCGAAUCCUGCCUUCUGAUGCAUGUAAAAUAUACAAACAAGGUAUAAAUAUCAGGCUUGACACAACACUUAUAGAUUUUACUGACAUGAAGUGCCAACGAGGGGACUUGAGCUUCAUUUUCAAUGGUGAUGCUGCACCCUCUGAAUCCUUUGUAGUUUUAGACAACGAACAAAAAGUUUACCAACGAAUACAUCAUGAGGAAUCUGAAAUGGAAACAGAGGAAGAAGUUGACAUUUUAAUGAGUAGUGAUAUUUAUUCAGCAACAUUAUCAACCAAAUCAAUUACCUUCACACGUGCCCAGACAGGAUGGCUUUUCAGAGAAGAUAAAACAGAAAGAGUUGGAAACUUUUUGGCAGACUUCUACCUGGUUAAUGGGCUUGUAUUAGAAUCAAGGAAAAGACGAGAACAUCUCAGCGAAGAAGAUAUUCUUCGAAACAAAGCUAUCAUGGAAAGCUUGAGUAAAGGUGGGAACUUGAUGGAACAAAAUUUUGAGCCUGUCAGGAGGCAAUCUCUGACGCCACCUCCACCCAACACAAUCACAUGGGAAGAGUACAUAUCUGCAGAAAAUGGAAAAGCACCUCAUUUGGGUAGGGAACUCGUCUGCAAAGAAAGCAAGAAGACAUUUAAAGCCACAAUAGCCAUGAGCCAAGAAUUUCCUCUAGGAAUUGAAUCGUUAUUGAAUGUUUUAGAAGUAAUUGCACCUUUCAAGCACUUUAACAAACUGCGGGAAUUUGUGCAGAUGAAACUUCCACCAGGCUUUCCUGUAAAGUUAGAUAUACCUGUGUUUCCAACCAUCACAGCUACUGUGACUUUUCAAGAGUUUCGCUAUGAUGAAUUUGAUGAAUCAAUCUUCACAAUUCCUGAUGACUACAAAGAGGAUCCUAGUCGCUUUCCUGAUCUCUAACCUAACUGGAAGAUUAGCAGUGAAUAAAGAAUACCAGCAUGCCACAGAGAGCAAAAGAGAAUGGAUGCAGAUAGCCCAGAGACAAGUGUCUGGAAGUGGUCAAAUCAGGAUAAAUCUUGUUUAAACGAAUUCAGAAAGGGAACACAAAGUGAAUCUCACUCAGUUGUACCAUAUAGAGAGCAUCCAUCUGAUGUCUAAAUGAGAGCAGGUCUCCUGAUGUAUCAUGUACAUUUUAUACAUGCAGACCCACAAACAUCGUAGCCAGGUGUCUUGGUGACACCUCUCUUCCUACAGAUACUUACAUAACAGCUAUAAGGACUAUAAUUUUUUUUUAAUUUUUAUUUUUUAAUGUUUCUUGAUCACAAGAAACAUUCUUGGACCAUUUGUAUAAAAAACCCAAAAUGUCUUACUUGGCUGUUAGCCCCUUUAACACAUCCAUCUUACUGAAGUUGCCCUUACAACUUUCCUUCAAGCUUUGUUUUCACAAAUUGUAAAUUCUUUAACACUCAUAAAUCGAACAUCAGCUGAACAUACAAUAGAAGGAAUUAAUUUUCUGUAGAUGAAUGAACCAAAUGUUAACUAUUUAGACAGUUGCAUUUACUUACUGCAAUACGUUUCAGAACUAGAGCAGUCACUCUGCAGGGAAUAAGGUACCUCCUUUAGCACCUUAGUGCAAUUCAUUGUGGUGCUAUUCAUAUAUAUUUUUUUCCAAACUGUUAAUUUCUCCACUGAAAGUUUACUAAUCUUAUUAUAAAAUCUGCAGAUUUUUUUUUCCAAGCUGGUUGGAAAUGUCCUUGCUGUGUGUGUUGGAGAGCAUGCCUGGAGACUACAAGUGGAAUCACUGACAUUCUUUUGGGCUUAGUUGAUCCACGGACUGUGCCCAUCACACUCACUAACCUUGUACUGAUGUCCAGCAGCAUUUGGGAAUAUAGUGAAUAUAUGCAGUUAUAUUACAGUCUCAGAGCUUAAGCGUUUUCCUAAGUGAAAACUUAGGAGAAAUAAAUAGGGCCUGCAAUUAAUAAAAUAAUUAAAAAGUACAAGAAUGAGGGUGAUUCCGCAUGUGGGGAACUACAGAAGGGUGUCAGCCCCAAUGGGUUUUUAAAAAUUAGGAUAUUCACACGGUUCCAGUGUUUGAAACUUGAAGAUAACCUUCACCUUUUUGCUUUACUGGAAAGAAUGUGUCCAAAACUGUCAGUACUUACGUUCAUUUGUGUUCAGAGGUUUAGCUUCCAGUGAUGUGUAAAUGUAAACAAAAAAUUGUAAAUAUUUUCAGAGUAUAUUCUUUGUGCAGUCUAGUCAAUCUUUUUUUUUUCCUGGAAACUAUUCAAGUCAAUUUUAGACUUGAAUUAAACAUUGUGCUGGGUGAUGCUCCCAGCCCUGGUAAUAACAUUCAAAUGUGAAAUGAAUGGGGUGAGGUGAAUUACAGUGCGCAAUAAAACCCGGCUCGUGAGUCUCAUAUGUUUUUUUCAGAAAACUGGAGCCUCAUGAUCUGAAGCAGUAGAAAUGUUGGGCCCAAUUCCAGAAAUACUGUAAACUUAGAGUUCCAGUCUUAACUGCUGUUGAGCACGGAGACUGACAGCUCUGUAUGUGAACAUAGCCUCUAUCGGCUUGUAUGUAUUGUUGUCAGUGCCAUAUUGUGGACAGAAUCAUUUCACUACCAAUAGCUAUUAUGAGAGGUGCAGCCUAUUCCCUGUAAAUAGAUACUGAAUUUUAGGAUUCAGAGGAAUUUGUCAAUUAAUUUUUGAGAAGGCAUAGUCUGUUUCCUCAGUCCCUUGAUUCCAGAAGAAACAUUGGGUCAAAAAAAUGCCCAACAUUAUUCAGUUAGCAGCUUCAGUCAUGAGAACAGGGGAGUGGGGUGAUUGUCCCCUGCUGUUUCCUGGCUCUCAAAUCUGCUCUGGAUUGCUGGAGGGCUCUCUGAAGCAGCAGAGGGAGGAGGUAGUGGGCAGGAGGGAAAAGGGAGGUUUGGUUUUGUGAGCAGAAAUUUGCUCACAUGACCUCUGAACUUGCCAUUUAUUAGGCCAAGGGGUCUCCUCUAAAACAAUACUGAGAUCCUUUAUAGGAAUUUACAAUACUGUUUAUGCAGUAAGUGAGGAGCAGUAUGGGAUUGCUGAGGCAGUGGCCAGUGAGCUGCGAAAAUAUGCAAUUGGUCAUGUUCUGUAUCUGAAAUUAUUAGGUAAAUAAUGCCAAAGAGGUUUCCAAAAAUAUUGUCCCAAGAACUAUUAUCCUAGCAACUAGCAAAUACAUUCCAUUCACGGUGCAUUGGGUCCUGGCCUAGUCAUGCUUAAGAGUAAGCUCACUGAAGCUGUGACCAAAUUAAGUCUCAUUGACUUCAGUGAGUCUGGUCUAUGCAUUACUGAGUCUGGAACCAACACAACAGAACUGUUGUUUGUAAAGUCACAGCUGUGGCCUAAUAAGCUCUUUUGGUGGAAUAGAGUUUUAUUUUCGACUUGGUUGCUAAGAACUAAAAGUCGUUGCACCAUUUUUGAGGACAGAAGUGAGCCCUCAAAAGUGCCAGCAGCCUUUCUGGUGGCAUUGCUAGACUUUGAGGUUGCAAUUUUUCUCAUCCAAUUAAAAAAUGUUACUACUUAAAAGGGAGUUUCAGUAGUGGGGCUUAAAAAAAUCAGGUCUAUGACUGGUCAGUUUUUGUGCACACAUAGAGCUAGGUCUGCCUUUGGGAGGUUUAUCCACCUACUGUAUUUUUUUAAAAAAGCUUAUACAGUGGCUCUCUUUAAAAUAAAUAGGAAAGAUGGUCCAAGUAAGGGAGUUGUGUGGAUGCAACAAUUUUACCAUAUUAUGAGCAAAUGGAUAGACUAGGGGAUAUUUGAUUUUGGUUGAUGGAAGAAUCAGAGAGGAUUGAAACCAAAUGGUUUAGCACUUAGUUAAGCACUUCAGAGCACCUCAUGUAGCUCCUUUUAGAGUGGAUGCUCACAUUCUGUUCUGAUGUAGCCAUAUCACAAUUGAGUAGCUGUCUAGCAUUUUUGCAUGGCAAGAAUUUUUUUUCUUUAAGUGCAUCCCCAUUUAUUGGGAUAAGAACCUGUCUGCAUCCUGGAAGAACAUUUGAAUCAUUUUCAAGGUUUUGGAACUCGCUGCAAAUGGGAUGUGAAGGUAGGAAGAAAAACUUGCGCAAAAAAUGUGUGAACUGUUGCACACUAUUAUGUAUCACAAGAGGUCAGGUUAUAGAAUGAAAUACCUUUUCCAUGCUUUUAGGUCAUGGUUGGAAGUUAGUAACACCUUUGGGAAAGCAAAAUGUAAAUACAUGAAUUAUCUAGAAAUGAAAUCUUAAAACCUGGCAAAAUAUUUUGGUAAGCAUAACUAUGGAAUCUUCUUAAAGAAUUCCCAGAACUCUUCCUUAACCAAACUCAGCCUUACUUGUCUUCCAAAUAAUUGCUUUAAUUCAUGGCAAAGGGAAUCCUGUAUUUCCAAGCAGCUGGUGUUUUAAGUCAUCUUAUUAAGUUAGAAAUUGCAGUUCAUGGAUAUCUAGCAAAUUUAUCAGAUAGUUCACCUGUGGAUACAAAUCUGUGCUGGAAACCCACCUUAUGUUGAACAUAAUAUAUUCAGAAAGUCAAUUUUUAACUAUAUACUUAUUAAUUUUGAUUCAUUAAAAGAUAAUUACAUUAUUUAAAAUUUAUUAACAAACUUCCUAUAAUGCUGCAGUUUUUCUUUGAGAGUUUAUAAUUGUGGAGACUUAAUGUCAUUUUUGUAUAUUGCUUUUCCUGUGUUCUUACUCACCUUCACUAAUAGGGUUUUUGGUUGUACCACUUAGAAUAAAGACCAAAAGAUGCUGUUUGCUUUUGAAACUGAGCAUAUGAACAUUUUUAAAUCUAUAUUCUCUAGUGUGUGUGGACACUUCCUCCGUACUAGAGGAAGGGUAAGUACAAAAAAGGCUGUUACAGUGUACCACUUUCACAAGGACAUUUUAUUGGUCAGUUUUUCAAUAAAAUCCUCAAUUUUCAGUG